AGAAAAAGGGUAAAAACUAAAAACAGUAAACUGUUCAUAAAGCUUCACUCUGCUUCUUAUUCUUCAUAGGAGAAUGGCCUUAGAGCUGAAAAAAUGGUGCUUAGCAGAAGGAUUCAAAUCACUGAAGCAUGUAAAGCUCGCUCACUGCCGUCUCCUCCGUCUCAACCUCAACCAAGACAACCACCUCCUCAACAUCAUCCUCCGCUCUUCCUUAAUCUUAUCAAACACCCAAUACCCAAUCCUUAUUUUCCACAAAACAACAACAAACCCGAACACUUUUCUCUACAACACCAUCAUUCGCGGCAUGGUAACCAAAGACCGUUUCCAUGACGCAGUUCAACUCUAUAUCUCAAUGCAUAAAGCCUCACUUGUUCCUGAUAAUUUCACUUUCCCUUUUGUUCUUAAAGCUUGUGCAAGACUCAACCUUUUUCAAUUGGGUGUAGCUAUUCAUUCUCUUGUUUUUAAAACUGGUUUUGAUUAUGAUGUUUUUGUGAAAACGAAUAUUGUUUGUUUUUACUCCAAAUGUGGGUUUUUAAGGGAUGCACGGAAGGUGUUUGAUGAUAUUGCUGACAAAAAUGUUGUAUCUUGGACUGCUAUUAUUUGUGGGUGUAUUGAGUUUGGUCAAUGUAGGGAGGCUGUUGAUUUGUUUAGAGAGUUGUUGGAGACGGGUUUGAGACCUGAUGGUUUUGUUAUUGUUCGUGUUUUGCGGGCUUGUGCGCGGUUAGGGGAUUUGGAGAGUGGGAGGUGGAUAGAUAGGUGUAUGAGUGAGUGUGGUUUGCAUAGGAAUGUUUUUGUGGCUACCUCUUUGGUGGAUAUGUAUGCUAAAUGUGGAAGUAUGGAGGAAGCGCGUUGUGUUUUUGAUGGAAUGGUUGAAAAGGAUGUUGUUUGUUGGAGUGCAAUGAUUCAGGGUUAUGCAUACAAUGGGCUACCUAGAGAGGCACUUGAAUUGUUCUUUGAAAUGAGGAAGGUAAAUGUGAGACCUGAUUGUUUUGCCAUGGUGGGUGUUCUCUCUUCAUGUGCGAGGUUGGGAGCGUUGGACUUAGGAAAUUGGGCUAAGGGUUUGAUGGAUGAUGAGGAGUUUUUGUCUAACCCUGUGCUGGGUACUUCCUUGAUUGACUUUUAUGCAAAAUGUGGAAGCAUGGAGCAGGCUUUGGGGGUUUAUAAAAUGAUGAAGGAGAAAGAUCGCGUGGUCUUCAAUGCUGUUAUUUCUGGACUGUCUAUGUAUGGACAUUUUGGGGCUGCAUUUGGAGUUUUUGGCCAAAUGGGAAAGUGUGGAAUUCAGCCGGAUGAAAAUACUUUUGUUGGUUUGCUCUGUGCAUGUACUCAUGCUGGUCUGGUUGAUGAUGGUCGUCGUUAUUUUAAUAGCAUGAGUCAUGUCUUUUCUGUGAUUCCUACCAUUGAGCAUUAUGGAUGCAUGGUCGAUCUCCUAGGCCGUGCAGGUUUGUUGGUUGAAGCACAUAAGUUGAUCAAGGGUAUGCCAAUGAAGGCUAAUGCUAUUGUUUGGGGUGCAUUGUUGGGAGGAUGUAGGUUGCAUCGGGAAACACAGUUGGCUGAACAUGUGCUGAAGCAGCUCAUUGAGUUAGAACCAUGGAAUUCAGGACAUUAUGUUCUCUUAUCAAAUAUAUAUUCAGCAAGUCGUAGAUGGGAUGAGGCAGAAAAAAUCAGGUCAACAUUGAAUGAGAAAGGAAUGCAAAAGUUACCUGGAUAUAGUUGGAUUGAAGUUGACGGGGUUGUUCAUGAAUUCCUUGUGGGAGACACUUCCCAUCCAUUAUCACAAAAGAUAUAUGAAAAACUUGAAAGUUUAUUUAAGGACUUGAAAGAAGCUGGUUACAAUCCAACCACCGAGUUUGUGCUCUUUGAUGUAGAGGAGGAGGAGAAAGAGUACUUCCUUGGCUGUCAUAGCGAAAAGUUAGCUGUUGCAUUUGCACUGAUCAGUACUGGUGCUGAAGAGGUGAUUCGCAUUGUUAAAAAUCUUCGUGUAUGCGGUGAUUGUCACGAGGCAAUAAAACUCAUUUCAAAAGUUACAGGGAGAGAGAUAGUCAUUAGGGAUAAUAACAGAUUCCAUUGUUUCAGCGACGGCGCUUGUUCUUGCCGGGAUUAUUGGUAAAGUUUUGAUGUAUUUUGUGUUCUAAAGUCAAAAUUCAUUGUUCGCCUCACUUCAAAAGUUGUCAACUUUUACGUAUAUUUCUGAAGGGGAUAAAUUAAAACUGUGACAUCUUGCACCUGCCUUGAAUAUAUAGUGGAGAUUGAGCUAGUUUAUCUGCAUUCAGACUGAGAAAUGGCCACUUGUGUAAUACAUCUGCAUACUUAACUUCAUAAUUCCUCCCAUCCCACAAUUUGAUGCACACGGUAUGUGCCCCAAAUCGAAAUCAGGGGAUGCUGUUGUGUUUCAGAAUGGAAAUUGUUUUAUCCUGGUCUUAAUGAUAGCAACCGAGCACUUAAAUAGAGUGGCAGUUCGAGUCUGUGGUCUUGGCAGUUUAGAACCUGCUAAGAUUGUGGAGCUCCUUAAAGAUCGUGCGUCUUGGUUUCGUGACUGUCGGAGUUCAGAAGUUUUUAGAAUGUUCCCAGCUGGAAAUGGAGGGACAAUUGAACUUCUUUACACACAGACAUAUGCGCUACAAUGACACUGGCUUCUGCUCGGGAUUUAUGGACUCUAAGAUACACUACAAACUUGGAAAAUGGCAGUUCUGUGCUUAACACCAUUGGUUGCAUUGCCACUUCACGCCAUCAUUCCGCUAUUGCUUUUCUGCACUUGUUGUCAUUGUCACUACCUUUGCUCGCUCGACACCUUAUACAGCAGGAGUUAUCCAUCUCUGCAUGCAUGACAAUCUCGUCAUUGGGUUAGUGGGGCUAACUGUUUUGUCUUUGCAACUACCUUAUACUAAUGAUGGAGAGUCUCAGUGCUUUUCUUCAUGCCCUGCGGCUUCACUGGGUAGAAUUUCAAAAUAAAUUAUACCAUGGUGAUGGCUACAAGUUCAAGCCCUUUUCAUUUGCUUCUUUAACAGAAGAUGAUGAUUGAUCCAUCGUAAUAUGGAAAGGAUAUUUGCACAAGUGAAUGGAGCACAAUAUGAGAAUUUGUAGAAACCUAAUUUAACGGUUACAGUUGUUAGGUUUGUGCGAUGAUAUGCUCCUUGAUAUGGACUUGGAAACAAAAAGAAAACAAUUUGGCAUAUUUUCCUGUGGCUUAGAAGGUAUAACAAAUCACACUGCCAAUGGUCAUGGAAGACAUCUACAUCUGUAACAGAAUAUCUAGUUUGUAGCUUUUUUUCAAAAUUUAGAAUAGGAAACAUGAAGAGAUAAGGAAUAGAAUUUUUUGUAAUUAGGAGCUGGGAUUCAUGAUAGAGUGUAGCUAUUGGAUUUUUCGGGUUACAUACAUACAUGAUGUAGCACUGGUUUUGCUGAGAAACAACCAAUUUCUCUGAAAUUUUCUUGUAUUGAUAAAUAAUAAGUUAGAGCCUCAUUGUUUUUGUACGGAUUUAUUAUCAGAGUAAAAUAUAGAAAUCUGAAGUUGAAUAA